ACGUACACCUUUCUUGACACACAAAAGAACACAUACCUACUUGUCUUAUUGCAUUGCGUGGAACUUAAUUUUCCCACACAUUCUCACACCACAUUCAUCUCUCAUAAUUCUCAUCGCUUCUAAACUAUCGUUUCUCAACUCUCUCAUGGAGAGAUCAAACCCUCCUAAACCCAACAACGAUGAAUUAGCCAUUGUUAAGGCUGCUGCAUGGGCAUGGCACCAACAUGGUUCUGAUUCUAAGGGGAAAAAUACGGGUGAGUUUGAUGCUACAAUAACUCACCAUGCACCUGGGCCUUCGCGUUACAAGUUAGAAGCUAUGAGAAUGGACAAGGAAUCAAAAGAAGGGUCCUCAAUUCACUCCAAUAAACUAUCUCUUCUUGAUGCAUACGAAGUACAAAGCAUUUCAAGGCAUUUGAAUAGCCUUAUAGAGUCUUCUAAAGGUGUUGACAACUCUACAAAUGUAAGUUUUGAUAUUGGUGGUGGAAGGGUGAAGAAGAAGAAGAUUAGAAAAGGGUUUUGGCUAAGGCAUGGGGUUGUAUGCGGAAGAGAGGAAGAUGUGGUUAAUCCAAGAGCUUUGAGGAAUGGUUCUCAAGUACCGGCAAAGCAAGUACCUGUGGUUGAUUUGGUUAAGUGUUUACCAAUGGCUAAUGGUGACUUGUGAUCAUUUUCUAAUGCUUGGUAUUAGUUUUGACAUGUUUCAAUUGCUUAUACUUUUAUUACUAGUUGUCGUUGUAGAUUUUCUUGUUGAUAUACAAAUUAGUUAUUGGUAGAUCAAGUUUUGUUUCAAAAAAGAAAAGAAAAGAAAUAAAAAGCUGUU